AUGCCGGGGCGCGAAAAAGGACGUCGUGUGAAGAGCCAAACAAACCCGCUCGGCGAUGACCUGCACGCCGAUCGUUUUGCCAGUGCCAAGCGACACGCAGCUGCGGCGGAGGAUGACGGGGACAGGGACGCAAACGGCAUUUUGUUGCCGGGCCGCACGACGAGCCGAAUUCUCAAAACUGCCCGGCAGCAACUCGAGGCGAUCGCCGAGGAGGAGCAGCUUGCCAUUGACCGCAUCGGCGCCGAGGACGAUGAUGACCACGGCCUGCAUGACCCUGGUUUGGCAGAGCUUGAGGGCGGCGACGGCGGCGUGUACGAGGAUUACGAGGAGAACGAGGAGGUUGUGAUUGAGUAUGACGACACGGAGUCGAUUGUCUCGGAAAUUCCCUCCGAGAUGGACAUGGGGGCAGACAUGUACGGCAUUGACGAGGAGGAGGCGCGUCUGCUGCAAAAGUUUCAGCCGCCGUCGCAGGUGCAGAGCCGCAACCUGGCGGACAUGAUUAUGGAGAAAAUUAGGGAACGCGAGGGGGUACGCAGCGCGGCGGGUGACACGCGCGAUGACGCCAGCGUCGCGGAGUGCGAGGAGGAACGGGUAGACCCACGCGUUGCGCGCGUGUACACGGCCAUUGGCACCAUUCUUAAGAGCUAUAAGUCAGGGAAGGUGCCCAAGGCGUUUAAGGUUUUGCCAAAUAUUAAGAACUGGGAGCAGCUCUUGAUGUUGACGAGGCCGCACGAGUGGUCCCCGCAUGCUACGUAUCAAGCCACACGCAUCUUUGCCGCGAAUCUAAAUGAACGCAUGGCGCAACGCUUCUAUGCCGCGGUGCUGCUUCCUAUGGCCCACCAGCGCAUGUUAACUGAGAAGAAGCUUCACCCGGCGCUCUACAUGGCGAUUCGGAAGGCGCUUUUUAAGCCCGUGUCCUUUUUUAAAGGAUUCAUUUUGCCACUGGCAGCUGACGAGGAGUGUACGCUGAAGGAGGCUCUCAUUGUUGCCAGCAUUUUGCAGCGAAUGCAUCUGCCGCCUGUCCCAACCGCCGUGACGAUUGUAAAACUGGCACAGCAGCCAUUUUCUGGUCCCCGCUCCGUAUUUUUGCGUGUACUGAUUGACAAGAAGAUGGCCAUGCCUUAUCAGGCGGUGGACGCGCUCGUCGGGUACUUCCACCGGUUUGUGCACACCCACAGUAGGGAGGAGAAGCUGCCCGUCCUGUGGCACCAGACCCUCCUCUCCUUCACGCAGCGCUACAAGGGCGAUCUGACUGCCGACCAGGUGAAUCUGCUGCAGCAGGUCUGCGCCAAACACUUUCAUUAUCUGUUAACCCCUGAGGUCCGCCGCGAGCUUAACGCCGCCCCGAAUGCCGCGCGGACGUGA